CCGGCAGAUCAGAUGUCGCUACCAUUCGUGAGUCAGACCGAGAUUUCAAGCUGCAAGUGCGUACUUGUUCGGAUUCGAUAGGCACGCUCGACCUCAUUUAACUUUAAAGCCAUCAAACAGUUCAACACUGCCGCAAUAGGACCAUUUGGUUUCAAGCACAGGAAAAGAGGCCUGCACUGUCCGUUAUCCACCGAUCGUAAUAAGUAACCGAUCUCGAGAUUUGAAAAUGGCCGCCCCGAAUCCCCCGCCCGACCUCAAGCCCCGCCUCAAGGAGGCCUACGACAGCAUCUCGACCGCGUACAACGAGUGGACGCAGCCGCACCACCCGCUCCGCAUGAACUACACGACGGAGCUCCUCAAGCUGCUCCGCAAAUACCACGCGAAAAAUGACGAGUCCGGCAACGACACGCCCAGCCUGGCCGGAAUGCACGCCCUCGAACUGGGCUGCGGCUCGGGCGUGCCCGUCAUGGAGAUCCUCCUGGCUAAGGACAUGGAUGUGAUCGGCGUGGACCUGUCCGGGGCGCAGAUUGCGCUCGCGGCCCACCACUUCCCCAACCACAUCGAGCGGCACCAGCUGGUGCUGGCCGAGAAGGACAUGAUGACGCUGACGUACCCUCCCGACGAGUUCGACGCCGUCGUGGCGCUCUACAGCAUCUGCCACCUGCCGCGGGACGAGCAGCGCGUCAUGCUGGAGAGAGUCGAGCACUGGCUGAAGCCCGGCGGCAUGUUCCUGAUGAACUUCCCCGUGGAGGAGAUGGAGGGCGAGGUGAUGGAGCACUGGCUGGGCCAGGAGAAAGGGUGGAUGUACUGGAGCGGGUGGGGAGAAGAGAAGACGUUGGAGAUUAUCAAGGAGCUGAAGUUCGAGAUUCUGCUGCAGGAGGUGAACGGCGACCCCAAAGCGGAUGCGACGUUCCUGUGGAUCAUUGCGCGGAAGACCGGGGGGCUUGCCCAGCUGGCCAAAUUCGAGGACUGAACGGUGUCGAGGCCUCGCCCGCUUGGCGCCUGGCUGGCUCUGGGUACAUACCUCCUAAAAUACUACUCAGAUUCUCUACGGCACCGAUGUGCCGGGUUGGAAGAGGAAAGAUGUUAGCUGGAAUGUCGAUUGAUAACGGGGUGCUCGCAUAGAAAAAAAAAAAUGCUGUUCCCAGUUCCCGGCUCGAUGCCCCGCGUCUUCUGGCC